AAGAAAACAAAGGAAGCCAGCUCCCUUCCUCCUAAAACCUCACUCCUCCGCGGCUGCGCCACCGCCGCCGCCGCCGCCGCCAAUGGAGGGCUUCCACAACCUCCUCGCCCGCCCCAACUCCGCUCCAUUCGCAUUCUCCCUCCCGCGCCCGCGCCGCAGGUCGCCGCCCGACCCCUUCGCCUGCCGCGCCGCGAGCCGCUGGGCCGACCGCCUCUUCGCCGACUUCCACCUCCUCCCCACCGCCGCCGCGCCCUCCGACCUGCCGGCCGCGGGGCCCUCCGCCUCCCUCUUCGUCCCGCUCUUCCCCGACGCCGCCGAACGUUCCCUCCCGCUCCAGGUCGACUUCUACAAGGUUCUAGGUGCAGAGCCACAUUUCCUUGGCGACGGCAUCAGGAGGGCAUUUGAGGCACGGAUAGCCAAACCACCACUGUAUGGCUACAGCACAGAUGCUCUUGUUGGCCGUCGACAAAUGCUGCAGAUUGCCCAUGACACUCUCAUGAACCAGAACUCCCGCACUCAGUAUGAUCGUGCGCUUUCUGAGAACCGUCAAGAAACUCUCACCAUGGAUGUUGCUUGGGACAAGGUUCCAGGUGUGUUAUGUGCUCUUCAGGAGGCUGGGGAGGCACUUGCUGUGCUUGCAACAGGAGAACAGUUGCUGCUGGAUAGGCCACCCAAGCACUUCAAGCAGGACGUGGUGCUAGCGAUGGCUCUGGCUUAUGUGGAUUUAUCCAGGGAUGCAAUGGCUUCAAACCCUCCAGAUGUAAUUAGCUGCUGCGAGGUUCUUGAGAGGGCUCUCAAGCUCUUGGAGGAGGAUGGAGCAAGCAAUCUCGCACCUGAGCUGCUUUCACAGAUUGAUGAAACUCUCGAGGAGAUAACACCUCGUUGCGUAUUGGAGCUUCUUUCCCUUCCUAUUGACGAAGAGCAUCAUAAGAAGCGCCAAGAAGGGAUUCAAGGUGCAAAAAAUAUUUUGUGGAACGUUGGGAGAGGAGGUAUUGCUACCGUUGGAGGAGGAUUUUCUCGUGAAGCCUUCAUGAACGAGGCUUUUUUGCGGAUGACAUCAGCUGAGCAGAUGGAUUUCUUUUCAAAAACACCGAAUAGCAUACCUCCUGAAUGGUUUGAAAUUUAUAAUGUAGCACUUGCACAUGUUGCUCAAGCAAUUAUAAGUAAAAGGCCGCAAUUCAUUAUGAUGGCAGAUGACCUUUUUGAACAACUCCAGAAGUUCAACAUAGGUUCUCAGUAUGCUUAUGAUAAUGAGAUGGACCUUGCACUGGAAAGGGCACUCUGCUCAUUGCUAGUUGGAGAUAUUAGCAAGUGCAGAAUGUGGCUUGGAAUUGAUAAUGAGUCUUCACCAUACAGAGACCCCAAAAUUCUAGAGUUCAUUGUGACCAACGCUAGCAUCGACGAAGAGAAUGAUCUUCUUCCAGGGCUGUGCAAGCUUUUGGAGACUUGGCUUGUCCUAGAGGUUUUCCCUAGGAGCAGAGAUACUCGGGGUAUGCAGUUUAGUCUUGGAGACUACUAUGAUGAUCUAAAAGUUUUGAGCUACCUAGAAAGGAUGGAGGGUGGUGGCGCUUCUCAUUUGGCUGCCGCUGCUGCUAUAGCAAAACUUGGUGCUCAAGCUACCGCUGCACUUGGUACCGUGAAAUCAAAUGCUAUCCAAGCAUUCAACAAGGUUUUUCCAUUGAUAGAACAGUUAGACAAGUCAGCCAUGGAAAAUCCUAAAGAUGGGCCUGAGGGAUCUCUUCAAAAUUUUGACCAGGAAAAUGCCCUUGGACCUGUCACUCAUGAUUCGAGAAAUGCUGCCUUGAAGAUUCUCUCUGCUGGCGCACUGUUUGCACUGUUUGUAGUAAUUGGGGCCAAAUACUUACCUCGUAAGAGGCCCCUUCCUGCUAUUAAGAGCGAGUAUGGAUCUGUGGCAGCUGCUAAUAGUGUCGACUCUAUUGAUGAUCCUGCACUAGAUGAAGAUCCAGUUCAUAUUCCUAGAAUGGAUGUGAAGUUAGCACAAGAUAUUGUUCGCAAGUGGCAGAGUAUCAAAUCUAAGGCCUUGGGACCAGAACAUUCAGUUGCAUCCUUGCAAGAGGUUCUUGAUGGCAACAUGCUAAAGGUAUGGGCCGGCCGAGCAGCGGAGAUCGAGCGCCAUGGGUGGUUCUGGGAGUAUACCCUAUCUGAUGUGACGAUUGACAGCAUCACGGUCUCACUGGAUGGUCGACGUGCGACUGUGGAAGCUACGAUUGAGGAGGCAGGCCAACUUACUGAUGUUACUGAACCAGAAAACAAUGAUUCCUAUGACACAAAAUACACUACCCGGUAUGAGAUGGCCUUCUCCAAGUUAGGAGGUUGGAAGAUAACGGAAGGAGCAGUCCUCAGAUCAUAAUAGAACAGUGUGUAGCAGGUUAGAUUCCUUUCAGAUUGAUCAUGUAAAUAAACAGUGUAGAUGUGUUCAUUCUUUCUGAGAGUUUGGUUAGAUGAGUGCUGAGAUGCCUGAGAUCCUCCAGUGUUCUUCAUUUUCGCAAAGAAUGUAAGGGUGUGUUUAGCUGUACAACUAUAUUACUGCUAGUUCAUAACUAUUGGAGAUAAAGAUAUGAGGAAACCUCUGCAGAUAUGA